AAAUUAUGCACCUUAAUUCCUCAGACUCAAAAGAUUUCCUUCAUUUCCCAACACCAAGAAGAAAAAGAGGAAGUUGAAUACAAAGCAGAUGAAGUCAUUCUUGCCUCUAGCAACUCUUGUUUUCCUUCUCUUUCAUCCUUCACAGGCCAAUGAUCAAGACAACAACAUUGUUCAUGGGAGCUGCAAAAGAGCCGCUGAUGGUGAUCCAAACAUAAGCUACAAAUUCUGCGUUGCAUGUUUUGAGGCUGACACGAUGAGCCAACCCGCAAAUAUUGAAGAUCUCACUCUCAUGUCCCUCAACCUCACCAUCUCAAAUGCCACCAAGAUUAGUUCCCGCAUAUCUAAACUCCUCCAGAACAAGAGACUCGGACAUUUCGCUAGAGACUGCUUGACGACGUGCUUGAAGCUGUACUCAGAUGCGAAUUCUACAUUGAGAGGCGUCGUGGAUGAUUUCGGUUCAAGAGAUUAUGACACAGCUAAUGUGUAUAUAAGUGCAGCGUUGGAUGCUGCAGUCACUUGUGAAGAUGGGUUUAAAGAGAGGGAAGGUCUAGUGUCUCCUUUGACCAAAGAGAACGACAUGUUUGUCCAAAUGAAUGCGAUUUCCCUUGCUUUCAUCGAAAUGCUACGUUGAAAUUGAUCGACACUGGACGCAUUUUCUAGCUGGUGAUUAUGUGGGCUUGAGCUUGAUGAAGUUUGUGUACAGAACAAUUUCAGUGUGUUUCUUUGGAAAGAAUUUCAUACACUUAUAUUUAUAAUACCUUCGGAUGUACGACGAAUCCACUCCAAUUAUACUAAAUCAUCAAUACUUGA